AUGUCAACUAAAGUUUACUUUUCAAACCUCAACUACUACACAACUGAAACGGAGUUGCAAGAGUUCUUGUCCCACACAAACGUAUUCAUCCCCAAUUAUUACGUACGCUUUGGCACCCAUAGAACAAAGCCCUUAGGUAUUGCUUACGCAGACUUGCCCAGCGCUGAAGAAGCAGAAGUGGUCAUCAAGGAUCUCGACGGCAGUUUUUACAAAGAUCGUAAGCUUAGAGUCAGACAACAUACCCCCUAUAACCCCCACCCCCGGUUUCUGAGAUUGAGUGGCUCUUUACGAAGAGCUUCCAGACACCUGGAGUCAGACGACGGUCCAAUUGAUGUGCUUGGUGAAGACGAAGUGCAACCUGAGUACGAGGAAAGCAAGGAGCAAUUGCCACCGAGUCAUCUGUCAAAGGAGAUACAGUAUUCUGAGACUACUUUGUUUGUCAAGGGUAUAAGACACAAAGCUACUGAGGAGAGUCUAAAGGAGUUCUUCGCUGACUUUAGUCCUACUAACAUCAAGAUUCUCAGACCGAGGGGAUUCAUCGGAGGCUUCAAACCCCGUGCUCAUAGUGCUUUGGUAUCCUUCAAUCUACUGGAAGACUGGUCGCUCGACCAUAUCAUUGAAAGCUGCAAGUCUCGUUUGUUGGAUGGUUAUUCGCUUAGUGUAGGGAAGGCCUUUGCUUCGCGGGAUACACCAGACAACGAGCAAGAGGCACCAGUGGAGAAAGCAGAGGAAGAUGAAGCAGCAUCAGUUAAAACUGUAGCACAAGAAAAUGUGACCGAAGCGAAAGAGCUGAAAGCAACAGAGGCGACUUCAGAAGAGAAUCCCUUGAAACCCCAGGCAACUACCGAAGCAGCGAAAGUAUAG